GAAGUACCACAAUCGCAGUCGUCUGACGGCAUGACGAUUGGCGCUGGGGGCGGUGGUGGAGGAUCUCGAAGUAACAGUCGUAACUCACGAACAAACAAAUAUAGUACCUCAAAAUUACGAAACAAUAGUCAACAUGGUAGCAAUGUUGUGACAAGUGGAACUUCUUCACUUGGAGGACAACCUCUCAAUAGUCCUGGUAUAGGAGCUGGUAAAGGUGAUAUUAAGCAUCGUUUUGAAAUAAUUCGAAAGCUCGGUUCGGGUACCUAUGGCAAGGUUUCACUCGCGUACGAUCAUAAGAAUGAUCGAGAGGUAGCCGUGAAAUUAAUCAAGAAGAGUGCAAUCGAGAAUAAACAAGAUUUGGUUAGGAUCCGACGUGAGAUCAGAAUUAUGUCAGCGCUUAAGCACCCAAAUAUCAUACAGAUUUUCGAAGUCUUCGAAAAUCGAGAUAAAAUUAUUCUUGUUAUGGAGUACGCUAGUGGUGGUGAACUUUACGAUUACGUCAGUACCUACGGAUCGCUUCCUGAGGCUGAAGCACGACGCAUAUUUCGUCAGAUCACAUCUGCAGUUCUUUAUUGCCAUAAGGUGGUCACUUUUCAUCAAAUAUUAAUGUCGUGCAGUACAAUUCAUAAGGUGGCUCAUCGAGAUCUGAAACUCGAAAAUAUUCUCUUGGAUGUUGAUAACAAUGCGAAGAUUGCCGAUUUCGGUCUAUCCAAUUAUUUUUCCGAAAAGAGUUUAUUGUCAACAUUUUGUGGCAGUCCUUUGUACGCAUCACCAGAAAUCAUCAACGGUACUCCCUAUCGUGGUCCUGAGGUUGAUUGCUGGAGUCUCGGUAUUCUGUUGUAUACCCUCGUUUAUGGCUCCAUGCCGUUUGAUGGUCGUGAUUUCAAUCGAAUGGUAAGACAAAUCAAAAGAGGUGCAUAUUUCGAACCAGACACGCCAUCGACUGCAUCAAUGUUAAUUCGUAAUAUGCUUCGGGUGAAUCCAGAACGAAGGGCUGAUAUCGACGAUAUAGCCAGCCACUGGUGGUUGAAUCUUGAGGAGAAUAUGCCUGUCAUUCAAGAACUUCCUGAAAAUCAAAUCGUUGAUUUUACACCACUUACGGAACGUGCAGAAACAAUGGUUGUACAGGAUUUGGCUGACGAAACCGAUGUUUUUAUGGACUUCGGUCAUUUAAGUGCUGCAACGAGGAAGAAAAUUGAAGAAUUUCGAAGACGUCGAAAAGAGGCCGAGGAAUACAACGAAAAUUCACCAAUUAAACCACCAAAAUCCAGGAAGACAGACGGCCAUGAAGAACAAUUGGAAAUGCUCAGUGCUGAGAAAAGCCUUCGACAUGAUGUGGUACCGAAAAGGGCUGAAUUACAUAAAGAUGAAUUACGUGAUGAUUUCAAUGAUCCGUUGGAAAGGUUGAGACGUUUGGAAUCGCGUCUUCAGUCCACUUCGAAAGAUAAUAACAAGCGCUCACCGGAUCGAGCCCGUUUGACCUCACCUGUACGCAGAGACGUCUACAGAAGACAGCCGGCUAUCAAUAAUGAUAGUAAUACCAGUAACAGCCAUCCAUAUAGUAGGACCUCUGAGAAGAAACCAUUGGUUUUGUCCGAGACAAAAGAGAAAAUCCGCAUGAGCAGCCCAGAGCAGCCAGAUGAUCCGACAACUUCAGGCUCUAAAAUCAGUCAAAAAGCGACAUCAACGCAAAAAAAUGUUGAUGAAAUGAAGAAGCCAUCAUUCGUGGCGAUUGAUGCGGAGGAGAAUAAGACAACAACAAGACAACCGUUUCGGAAUAUGCCUACCGGAAAACAACAAAUGAACACAUGGCGAGUGGAAACUGACUCAUUGAAUAUGCUAAUGAAUCAGGUUCUUGAACAAAUGGAAAGUGGCCCAGUGAGCAUGAAUUUAAUCGCACGUAUAAAGGCCCAUCCACUGUACGAUGCGAGACCGAUGGUCAAAGAACUACUCGAAUCUAUCAUCGCUGCCCAACCGCCAUCCGUUCAGAAACAAGCUUCUAAAUUGAUUCAACAACAAUCGCAGGAACUUGUUCGCCGUCAACAAUCCGAAGCAGCCACUCAGAGACGUUCAGAAAAGAAUGAAAGGAAUGUUUCUGGUCCCUCACAACGUCCAACUGAGGCUGUUGCUAUUGUCGCUUCAGAUGUGUCACCUAAGAAAUACGAACUACCAGAAGUACCGCAAAGAACAACCACUACUAAUACUUUAUCAGAAAAGACGCGUCAAAAAGACGCAUUUGAGGAAAGACCGUGGCAUAGUGUUGAGGUUGGUUUUGAUCCUGAUGAAGAAGAAUCGGAACGGAUGGACACAGAUGCUCGGCGACAUUCGAUUUGCACGAAUGGUACCGAAGAGGAAACAGUUCAAGAUACGUCGUUCGAAGAUGAAACGGAUGCUGUGAAGAUGACAAUGUCGGAGAGUGACAAGAUUAUUCAAACGUCAAGUACGAAAGCAGGAUCUCAUUUAAGUAAGAGGGAUACCAUUGAAGAGGUUGAAGAGAUGGAUGAUGAAGAAAUUAUGACUGAUGAAGAGGAAGGACAAGAGAAUGACGACGAAGAAGAAGAGGACGGUGAGGAGGAGGAUGAAGAGGAGUACAAUACGGAAAUCGAUGAGCUUGGCAAUGAAGUUGAGCAAAUUGAAGAGGACGAUGAUAAUGUAUCGUAUGCAAGUGCAGUUUCUCAACAAAUCAACGAGUAUCCAAGCGAUAAUCAACCACCGCCUGACCCACAAAGUCAUGGUAGCGCGCCAAAAUUCGUCGAUACCUUUGAUAGAGGUCUAGCAAAACGGCAAAGCAAAGGCAAAUACCAGCACAAUAAAGUGGAACUAUACGGUCGAGGUGUGUCAACUGAAUGUGAAAGUCCGACAUUUCCGCAUCGACGAAUCGGCGGUCCCCAACCAACUAUCGAACGAUCGCCGUUCUUAUUCGACAAAGCAAAGAAAUACAUAAUGACAUAUCCGAAACAACUGGAUGAUAGUGAGGAUGAUUUGCCGGGUCGGCUGGGAGGACGAAAAAGUAAAGAUGUGAAGAAGAACUGGCUGAGAACGCAAGAUCCGGAUGUGAUGGGCUCAAGCAUGGAAAAUGCCAGUCAAUCGGCGACACCAUCUGCGAGUCGUCUUGGCUCAUUACCACCACGCAGCCUACCAAAAACAACAAAAUCGGAGGAUGAAGAAGCCUCUGAGCUUGAGGAAGAAGAGGAAGGGGAUGAUGAGGACGAUGAAGAGACUAAGGGAAGUGAAGAGGAUGCAGAAGAAAAGACAGAGGAAGAAGAGGAGGAAGAGGAAGAGGAAGAAGGAGAAGUUCAAAUCCACACACGAAUCGUUGAUUCAUCGAAACUCCAACAACCACCCAGCCAUGUCUCUUCUACCUCUGGUCAUAUUUCUGAACAUAAUAAUAGUACCAAAACGACUGCUGAGAGCCGAUUAGCUGUUCGAUCUGAUGCAGCCUGUGGUAGUUCAGAAGUGAAUAAUGGGUCAAGGUUAGAGAGGAAAGAUUCGAAUGCAAAUGAACUUGAACGAAUGCCACUAAUCGAGAAAACGAACAAUGAUUCUGAACGACAGCAAGAAGAACAUCAAUCGUCCAUUUCAAAUCAGCCUCAUCCGAUCAGUUGUUUUUUUUAUAGUAAUAAUGAGUUGACAACGGAUUAUGCGUCAAAUACUGCUGGAGGGGGAAUGCAAUCAUGGGAAACGGCAGCAUCGUAUAUCCGUCGUAAGAAUCGUGAAAGACGUCAACGGAAUCGAACGAUUGCCACUUCAGAAGAUCUCCUAAGAAGUGCUAUUGAAUACCGUGAUUUACUCGCUCCCGCUACGUUUACAGCUAUUGGUGGUGAACGCUAUUCGGGUACAACAAAUAAAAAUGCUUUAACAACAAUAACGGGUCGAGCGCUAUCUCCAACGUCAAUGUUAGUCGGACGAGGCAGUAGCAUUAAUACGUCCAUAAAUAAUGAUGAUAAUAAUGGCCAUGAUUAUAGUAAUAACAGAAAAGACAGUAGUAAUAAUAACGAUAAUAGUAAUAGUGCAGCAGCAGAUGCUUUUUACUCACACGUACGACCUAUUGCCGCAACCAGUGAUGCAAGGGAGCAAGGUUCACUGUUUCCUUAUGUACGUCCAAGGUAUCAUGAUGAAAGUUACCGUAGGAAAGAGAGCGAAACCGAUGCAGCACCAUUAUCACCAGCACGUUUCAAAAUGGCAACCAACCAGGCCUAUACUUUUCGUGAUGAUCGUGCUAAAUCAAAAUCCAUACAUGAUUUAUCACCGGAUAGGCCAGAUAUGAACAUGUAUCCCACGGCAAUAGCAACGAAAUAUGCAAGUGGAGCUUCACCUUCUUAUGCUAGCCGUUAUGAUGGCGAGCAAUACCGUCAUUCUAAUGCACUCCAAAAUUGGGCUAAUGAACCGAAAAAAUUUCAUGUCUACCAGACUCGUGCUGAACGUGAAGCCGAAAGGAACACUGCUGUUAAUAAUCUCCAUCCUUCGUCAACCUAUCGACCGGCUGGUGGUUCGUCAUGGUACAUGAACGCUGCAAGUGGUGGUGGUCCAAGUGGCGGAAUAGAGCAUCGAGCAACGAAUGCAUAUCAUCAUAAUCCAGGAUCAACAUAUAGAUCACGUUAUGAUGACAAUUUUUCGUAUCGACGAGGUGCUUACGAUGUGGAACGUCAAGGUACUCCUGGAUCUGAAACACAACCGUCUGCUGGUUUUCAAUCUGGUGCUGUAGCAGCAACACAAGCGAGCAGUCACGAUAACACCAAUGCUGCUACUACCACAACUAAUACAGCAGGAAGUGGAGGAAUAGUGGCACGCUUUCGUCCAGUAACAAGGCGAAUAGCCACAUCGUUGAUCAAUUCAGAUCGUUACAACAACAACUACGCCCGAUCUCAUAGCAUGGACCGUAAAUUUAGUCAUCAACAGGAGGACAGUGGCGGUGGUGGUGAUGCAAACGUAAAUUCUUCACAUCUGCGGAAUCGAUUACUUUCACCUGAAUUGUCAAGUAAUGAGAAGAAUGACUAUAGUUAUGUGAACUAUCAUGAUACGGCGUCAGCUCGUGGUUCCAUACCUAAAGAACCGGACAGUGCUCGUUUACCAUCAAGGGGCAUUCUUAAAAAUAAGCAGAGCGCGGAUCUGGAACCACGAGCCACCACAACCGCUUUGCCGACGUCGGAAAACGGUCGAGGGUUGGUUGGAGGGAAAGACCAGUCGACGACGACAUCAUCCGGAAUGAAGAAUGUGUUAGAUCGUUUGAAACGUCAUCUCUCAACCGAGAAGAGUGUCAGCCCGGCACCCGCAUCCCCAACAGCACUUUCAACAAUGGCCAGCACACAGCCACGCGAAUCAUCCGUCGCUUUUCGUCACCGCUUUGGGUCAGCCGCUGGUCUUGGCAAUACAUCAACGAUAACGCCGCAUAAUACCACCACUAAUUCAGCCCUUACAAACCAUGCAUCAAUUGCUAACAAUUAUGAAGAUGGUAAAGUGGCGUCGUCGAAAGAGGUUACGGAUGAUCAACGAAGUAAGAAGCGAACAUUUCUAUCGUCACUUGGCAGAAGGCGAACGACCGAGAUGCGUCUUAAUGCCGAUGGGAAGAUUGUGACGGCAGAUUUAGAAGAUGACCUCAAAAGACCAUCAUCACCGAUCGAAAAAAUCAAAUCACUCUUCCGUAAAAACAAAGAUCAUCGCACCUCACCUAUUUCUUCUUCGUCCAAUCAAACUACCACUCCUAUAUCAACACCAUCAACUACAGUUAAUAACUAUUCUAAUCCAUACGACUUCACGCGACAUUAUUCGCCGGUAACAUCCUCGAAUGCUACAUCUUCGAAUAGGAUCAUAAGUUUUGCUGUCGUCGAUGAUUGUAGGUAUGGUUUAAUGGAUAGAGGGCUUGGUGUGUAUCCGUCGUCGAAUCUGUCGCCUGUUGCUACAAGGGAGUCACAUGCACCGUAUACUCCACAAUAUCGAAAAGUUACGGGUGCUUCAGCUGGUGGUGGUAUGGGAAUAAACUUGAAUCGAUAUAGCUAUACACCCGGAAUGAAUAGUGAACGUCCAUUGAGGCAUUGGUACGAAGAUUCACAUUUAUAUUGA